CAGACACAACGUUGCGCUCUCUCGCUGUUGCUCUCUCUCAUUGCUCGCUCUCGCGUCCGUUACGAUCUUUGAAAACUUAAAUUGUUGUGCGCCUGCGCAACUUGGAAUUGUGCUGCCUUGUGAAUAAGGAACUCACUUGAGUCGUCAGUCGCGACGCGAAUAUUUGUAAAUUGUUGUUGUUGUUGUCGUUUGUUUAUUAGUUUUUCGCGCUGGAGUGUGAAUUUUCUGUUCGGUUUAGGGGGGAGAGAACGGAAAUGCAGCGAAAAGGAAAUCAAACACAUUUGUAUGACGAACGGAAAUUGAAUUGUGUGCGAUGUGCGAGAGUGCACAAGUUGAAUCAUUGAAUUAUUAAAUUAAUUGAAUCAAAGCAAAAACGGCAAUAAUUUGUGGUCAACAUUUGAAAAAUUGAACUGAAAGCCAAAUCAACAAUUGUAAUAAAUAAAUAAAAGAUAAUAACAACGAUAAUAGUAAAUUGUGCGUCGAUUUAGUGACGGUCUCGGAGUUGGCUCUUUAAUGCGGUGGCAAACGCAACAGCAUCAGCAGCAGCAGAUUCAUACAAUAGCCGCUUUCAUUGAUUUAUUGCCAAAGUGUAAAUAAUUGCAACAAAAGUCGCACGAAAUGAAUUCAAUCGAAACUAAAUGAAAUGAAUUGAAUUGAAAUUCCUUUAUUGAUGCGUGUUUUAAACAUUUUCGAAACCGACACAAAGGCAGUUCAGAAUUACAUUUACCGAACAUAUACAAAUUCCUAUAGAGACCCCAUAGCAACUCCAAUUGGAACAUGGACACCGGAAGUGUGGUUAGCGAACCGAUUUCCGCGCAUCAUCGCGCCUUUGCCAAACAGAAAUCGGCCUCUAUGACCAUUCUCAAUCCGAAGAGUUGUGCCAACGCAGCCAAGUACAGUCUGCACACGGCGUCGGAGAACAAUCAUGACACGCAGCUGCAGCUGAGCAGCGCUGCCUCACAUUGCUCCACAACGGGACGUCGACGCAAGGGCGGCUCUCUGGGCGGUACGCUCUCUUCGCGCUCCACACGCAGUGAGUCGAAGGAGUUGCGUUCCGCUCUGCAGGAUCGCGAGGCUGUUAUACAGAAUCUUCGCAUUCAGCUCUGCCUGGGCAAAUUGCCACGCCCCAGUGGCCCGGCUCUUGAUGAGUCCGAGAAGCCCGCGGCCGAGCAGAAACUGAACCGCCUCAAGGCCGAAGCGGAGAAUAAACGCAUUAAGAUCAAGAACCUAAAGGGCGCCCUGGAGAAGCUGGACAUCACAGACAACAUAGACAUACGUAUUCGACAGGCGGAACUUGAGUAUGCUUUGGGCAGGGAGGAGCUGCAGAUGCUAUCGAUUGUGGAGGAGGCACGAGCUCUACAGGCUCGCCUGGAGAAAUCCAAGCCGGAGGCACAAACGCUGUACAACAUCAUCAGCUCCGGCGUCACAUUGAGCCUGCACGCCGUACACGCCACCUCCGGACGUUGGGCAGCUCAACAGAGACCCGAUCAGCCGGGCUUCUUUGUGGAGUGGGCUCUCGAGGGAGACGGAUUAUAUAAGGGCGAUCGCAUACUGGAGAUCAACGGUCGUUUGGUGACCAGCAAGACGAAGGAGGAACUGCAGAAACAUGUGGGAAAUUCCGGAAAAUGCCAGAUGGUUGUGCUGCGCAAAAAAUCCGUGCCCAUACCACAAAAGCAACUCGAUCAGGAGAAGGAGAACAACAUGCGACUACAACACCGCAUCUCGUACCUGGAGGAGCAAGUGCGAGAACUGCAAACUGUCAAGGAGCAGCAGAAACUCCAACAGCAACAUCAUCAUCAUCAACAACAACAACAGAAACAACAUUUGUCCGCAGCGACAACGCAGUCCAACAAUGCACACGUGACCAGCAUAAGCAUAUCCUCACCACCCUCUCCCUCUACUCCGCCGGACAAGCCGUUGAUCUUCCAGCGGGGCAACUACAUUACCACCUUGGUCGGUGGCAAACCCAUUGAGCUGGUGGCCGAUGAACUGCAGCCGGCACAUGUUACCAAGACUCUGAUCAAGGAGAACACACACAUUGAUCUGCGCGAUCGUCUGCCACAUUCGCACCUCUAUUCCAUGCCGUCCAAGUCGCUGUCUGCCUCUAAGAUAUCCAUCAACAGCGACUCGGCCUACAUGCAGCAGCAGAGGCGGGAAAAGGAACGGCAACGAGAUCGACACGAGCGGCAGAGGGACAGAGAUCGAUCUCGGGAUGCACUGCAGCAGCAACAGCAGCUGCACAGGGAGCAUCUAAUGAGCACACAUGCGCGCAGCGUGGAGCAUCUCAAUCACUACAAUGGCUUGGAAAGGCGGCGGGAUACGCCACGUCAGAGCGAGGCUCAGACCCUUCGAGCUCGUCUGCCCAGCGAUAUGCGCAGCGUCAAGUCCCUCGACUUUGACAGCGAGAACGAAUCGAAACCAUCCACGGAAUCUCGCACUGUGCGACCCACGCCUCCAAAGAAGCCACUGCGCCUUUCACUACAGCGCGCCCAGAGUCUGCAGACGGUGGAGCUGCAUCCUUGCUCCGAUCUGGAUCGUAAGCGACCCAUGAAGCGGGUUCACAACAACAGUAGCAACAGCGGCGGCUCCUCGCCCACUGAGGAUGCACAGAAUCAUGGUCCUGCACCAGGUGCAGGUCUCUUCAUCGAGAACUGCAGCCCCAUUCAUACUGCCUCACUAGGAAGGCACAAACUCAUCUGAAUUAUUUUAUUACUUAGCUAUAACAACAUCUGGAACUAGUUUAGAUUUUGGAGAAACAACUGCUUCGCAGUAAAUUUCCCCAGCAGGCGGACAUGUGCAAAAUUUAAUACCCUAAUUAUUUAUAAGCUUACAAAUGUGUAUUUUCUCAUACAUCUAAAAGUUCUAAUUUAAUUAUACUCUCGAUGUACUUACCAGAUAUCUUAAGUAGGGCUUGGCUAUUAUAACGCUUCACCAUCAUUGUCGCAAACUCGAGAGAAUCGAGUUCGAUUGAAUGUAGAAUCUAUUAGCACAAUUUAUAAUGUAAAUACACAAAUUUCUGAUUCAACAUCAACUUA